AUGGAGUCUUGUGUAAUUGGGUCCUUUCAGAAACCUUCACCGCGACUCUCAUUUCCCUUUGGUGCUGGUCUGUGCUCGUAUCCUUCAGGUUUUGGUGUUGUAGGACAUGUCUUGAAAUGCAAAGCUUCCAGCAACAUAGAACCACUCUACGCAGCACCCAUUAGAUUACAACUGCAAAAGCAGAAUUUGGCGAGCCCACAUUCUAGAAGUAUUACACUAAAUCCAAGGCGGAAUGUGACGAGUAUAGUGAUAUCAGCAUCCGCACAUUCUUUUGACUCUGAUAACUCGAAGAGUCCGUGGAGUUCAGCACAGGACGCAUUAGAUGCUUUCUACCGAUUUUCACGACCUCAUACUAUAAUAGGAACGGCUUUGAGUAUAAUCUCAGUUUCUCUACUUGCAGUCGAGAAGCUGUCAGAUUUCUCUCCUUUGUUUUUCACUAGGGUGCUAGAGGCAAUUGUUGCUGCCCUAUUGAUGAAUGUAUACAUUGUUGGUGUAAAUCAACUCACCGACAUAGAAAUAGACAAGGUUAACAAACCAUAUCUUCCCUUGGCGUCUGGGGAGUACUCUGUCAGAACCGGGGUCUUCAUUGUCACAUCAUUUGCCAUCUCAAGUUUUUGGCUUGGAUGGGUUGUAGGUUCAUGGCCAUUAUUUUGGGCUCUCUUCAUCAGCUUUAUACUUGGAACGGCCUAUUCCAUCAAUGUACCCUUUUUUAGGUGGAAGAGAUUUGCUGUACUUGCAGCCAUGUGCAUCUUUGCUGUGCGAGCACUAAUUGUACAAAUUGCAUUCUAUUUACAUGUGCAGAUGAAUGUAUACGGAAGGCCAGCUGUCCUCUCAAAGCCCGUGUUUUUCGCAACUGCUUUCAUGAGCUUCUUUUCUGUGGUCAUUGCAUUGUUUAAGGACAUACCUGAUAUUGUUGGGGACAGGAUUUACGGGAUACGAUCUUUUACUGUCCGAUUGGGCCAGGAGAGAGUCUUUUGGAUUUGCAUUUCGCUCCUUGAAAUGGCAUAUGCUGUUGCUUUGUUUAUAGGAGCUGCAUCCCCUUUCAUGUGGAGCAAGUGGAUUACGGUCACUGGUCAUGCCCUGCUGGGUUUAUUGCUUUGGAAUCGUGCAAAAUCAAUCGACUUGAAAAGCAAAGCUGCAAUAACAUCCUUCUACAUGUUCAUUUGGAAGCUGUUUUAUGCCGAGUAUCUGCUUAUUCCCCUAAUAAGCACGAGUCUCUGUCCUCUAAAGCUAGACUUUGAAUAUGACGAGAUUGCCGCCGAGGAAGACGCCUUAGUCCAGAACGUCCAACGGCGGGACGCCGAUGAGAUAUCGGGCAUGGAUUUGAAUUUGAGUUUGUUCUCCGAUUUGAAUCCGAUCUGA